UAUUUUGAUGCUAGGUCUGCUUCUUCAGAUGCAAACGUUGUGUUUAGUUUUUACAACGCCGGACCAGAAUGUUUAGGCUGGUUCACUGAGAGCAAUCUAUGGUUUCAAAUACAAGGAAACUUUGUUAAUGGCAUUUCUUUUGGCAACUCAUACGUUGCUGCAAUUGACGCCAUCAUUGCUAAUGAUGCUAAAGGCCUGGCAGCAGAAUGGAAAGGGUCUGGUGUCAGUCUUCAAGCAACUAAUUUGGACUCGCUAUUGAUAACAUAUACUACAACAAUGGAGAUACCUAGCUUCGGUGUAUACGGAACAGUCACGCUUCACUCGGUAACACCUCACUAUCGUUGUGGGUUGAAUGUUGCGGGUGUGAGUGAGGAGAUCCUGCCAAAUAUUGGAUGGGCUAACGCUGUUCCCGACGGUUAUGCCGUGGUGGAUCUUGUCAUAAAAGACACGAAACUACAAUUCAGAAACGGAAUCGCAUAUCACGAUAAGAAUCGGGGCACUGCUCCAUUGGCAGAAAACCUGGAGACGUAG